AUGGCCGCCGAUCACGGCGACAGCAGCAAUCAAGCAGCACCGGAGAAUCCUGCCGAGUCGUCGGGGAAGAAUCACAGCAACACGAGUGAACAGAAAUCGGACGGACAGGAAGAGAGGAGGCCUUCAGGCAACGAACCUGCUGGAAUCGAAAGCGAAGCUUCGGCUUUUCAAAUAGAAACGAAGUUGCAAGAAUCAACAGAGGAGACUGCAGACAAGGAGAAGACAGGGAAGGGAGAGAAGGACGGAAGAGACGGGAAAGAAGGAGGAGGGGAAGAAGAGGAAGACGAAGAGGAAGAUGCGAUUGAUCCGCAGAAUCCGCGAGGACGCUUGCUGAUGGCAAAGCAUGCCAAGUACAUAAAAAACCUGGACAAAAAAACAGAGGGGACCGAGUACGUGGCAACGGAGCAUCUGAGGAUGAGCGGGGCGUACUGGGGGUUGACAGCGAUGGAUCUUAUGGGGAAACUAAAGGACAUGCACAGCCCUACUAUGCUCCCCUGGCUGCUCUCCUGCCAGCAACCCAACGGAGGUUUCGGUGGCAGCAAAGGGCAUGAUUCUCACCUGCUCUACACACUCAGUGCCGUCCAGAUCCUCGCACUACUGAACAAACUGGAUGCUGUGGAUGCCGACCGCAUUGCCACCUACGUAGCAGGGCUACAGCAGCCGGAUGGGUCUUUUAUAGGAGACGAAUGGGGAGAGGUGGAUACUCGCUUCUCCUACUGCGCCAUUUCCUGCCUCUCUCUCCUCGAUCGCACACACGCCAUCGAUCUCCCUGCAGCCGUCCGAUUCAUCGCCAGCUGUCAGAAUUUCGACGGCGGAUUUGGGUCCGUUCCGGGUGGCGAGUCGCACGCAGGGCAGAUCUUCUGCUGCGUGGCCGCAUUGGCAAUAGCUGGCGCGCUCUCAUUGGUCGAUCGGGAUCUCCUGGGCUGGUGGCUGUGUGAGCGGCAGGUGCCAGCAGGAGGGCUGAACGGACGACCUGAGAAGCUGCCAGAUGUGUGCUACUCCUGGUGGGUUCUCUCCAGCCUUGUGCUCAUCGACAGGGUGCACUGGAUCAGUGCGGAGAAGCUUCAGCACUUUAUUCUACAAUGUCAGGAUGAGGAGAGGGGUGGCAUCUCAGACCGACCCAACGACAUGGUGGAUGUGUUCCAUACCUUCUUUGGCAUCGCUGGCCAGAGUCUGUUGGAGUACCCCAAUCUCAAGCCAGUGGACCCAGCUUAUGCGCCACCUGUAGAUGUUCUCACCCGUCCGCUUUUCCCACUAUCCUUCCCCCCAACGACCUACCUCUCUCCCCGUUUCAUGUCAGGCCUGAGUCUGUUGGAGUAUCCCAAUCUCAAGCCGGUAGACCCAGCGUAUGCACUUCCUGUGGAUGUUGUGGAUAGGGUUUUCAGAGACAGGGAGUUGAAGCACCUGCAAGCUUAG